AAAAAAAUGUCUUCUCACAUCGAAUCUUCCUUGAAUGCCCCUACUCCAGACCCCGUUCCUGUCACUACAACGACAGGGAGUGACGGCAAGGCUGGUCCUUUCUCUCCGCUUUCUUGGUCAGAAUUCUUUGAGACCAACCGCAAGGUGUCCAUUCCUAGUGAAUUAGAUUCAUCUAACAUCUCAUUCAAUAUCUACGAAAUCAACUCUGACAAAAAGGGAGACCUCCCUGUCAUUGUUUUGCAUCACGGUGCGGGACAUUGCGCCUUAUCGUUUGCAGCGACAGCUCGAGCUUUGCACAGAAUUCUGGGUGAUCAGGUCAGGAUCAUGAGUUAUGAUGCUCGUGGACAUGGUGAGACAACUUCAGAUGACCAGAAUAAUCUGCAUAUCGAUCGUCUGGCUAGAGAUCUCCAUAAUAUCAUCUUGACCCUGUAUGGCCAACAAGGCAAGAAGGAAUCAUCGCUUCCAACGUUUUUCUUGGUUGGCCACAGCAUGGGCGGCGCGGUUGUAACUGAGGUUGCCACACGAGGUCUUUUACCUAAUGUUGCACGGUUUGCGGUCUUAGAUAUCCAAGAAACGAACAAGGAAAUAGCAUUGCUCUAUGUCCGAAAAUGGUGCGAAAGUCGUCCAGUUACUUGCGACUCUGUAGAGCAAGCAAUUCAAUGGGGAGUGGAAUCAGGAACAGUCCACAACGUGGAUUCCGCCAGGAUUUCGUUUACAGGCAUGGUUGGCCGUAUACCCGGAUCGCCGCCAAAGUACACCUGGUAUACUGAUCUUAUGCUUUCAGAAGCCCACUGGCACACAUGGUUUGAAAAUUUGAACAGAAAGUUUCUGAGCGCCAAACCACCCAAGAUUCUGAUCCUACAAGGCAGGAAUGCCAUGGACGAUGAAAUGAAAGCCGCAUAUGAACAGGGCAAUUUCCAACUCUCCUUCUUUGAGAAUUCCGGUCAUGCAGUACAAGAAGACGAGCCUGACCGAAUGGGCAAGGAACUAGCAGCAUUCUGGGAAGAGAAGUGACGAUGAUUUUAUUCUGUAUAUCC